AUGGAUGGACCGCAACCGGAUCUUUGUCUUAAGGAGUUGAAAAAUAUCACAUUGGCACUAUGUUCACUCUUUUGCUUGGUAGCCGUACCUGCUGUUCUCUAUGUCAUCCAGAACAAUCUACUGUUUCUUGCUCUUUCCAAGCUAGAUGCGGCUACAUAUCAGGUUACGUACCAGUUAAAAAUUCUUACCACUGCAUUAUUCUCAGUGACUAUUCUUGGCCGUUCAUUAAACCGAUUGAAGUGGCUGGCCCUAGUGUUAUUGACAGUUGGCGUGGCAUUAGUUCAGGUGCUCUAA